CGGGCGCAUGCGCAGGGGGGCGCGCCGCCUCUGCCCCGCGGCGAGGGUGUCUAUGGAGAGGCGGCGGCCGCGGCUGCUGAGGCGGAGGCUGAGGCAGCGGCGAUGGCGCCCUUCCCUGAAGAAGUGGACGUCUUCACCGCCCCACACUGGCGGAUGAAGCAGCUGGUGGGGCUCUACUGCGACAAGCUUUCUAAAACCAACUUUUCCAACAACAAUGAUUUCCGUGCUCUUCUGCAGUCUCUCUAUGCUACUUUUAAGGAGUUCAAAAUGCAUGAGCAAAUUGAAAACGAGUACAUUAUUGGUUUGCUUCAGCAACGCAGCCAGACUAUUUAUAAUGUACAUUCUGACAAUAAACUCUCUGAGAUGCUUAGCCUCUUUGAAAAAGGACUGAAGAAUGUUAAGAAUGAAUAUGAACAGUUAAAUUAUGCGAAACAGCUGAAAGAGAGGUUGGAGGCUUUUACAAGAGAUUUUCUUCCUCACAUGAAAGAGGAAGAGGAGGUUUUUCAGCCCAUGUUAAUGGAAUAUUUUACCUAUGAAGAGCUUAAGGAUAUUAAGAAGAAAGUGAUUGCACAACACUGUUCUCAGAAGGAUACUGCAGAACUUCUUAGAGGUCUUAGUAUAUGGAAUCAAGCUGAAGAGCGACAGAAGUUUUUUAAAUAUUCUGUGGAUGAAAAGUCAGAUAAAGAAGUGGAAGUGUCAGAACAAUCCACAAGUAUAAUCCAUCUUCCUCCUGAGGUAAUGCUGUCAAUUUUCAGUUAUCUUAAUCCUCAAGAAUUAUGUCGAUGCAGUCAAGUAAGCACUAAAUGGUCUCAACUGGCAAAAACUGGAUCGCUUUGGAAACAUCUUUACCCUGUUCAUUGGGCCAGAGGUGACUGGUAUAGUGGUCCUGCAACUGAACUUGAUACUGAACCUGAUGAGGAAUGGGUAAAAAAUAGAAAAGAUGAAAGUCGUGCUUUUCAGGAGUGGGAUGAAGAUGCCGAUAUAGAUGAAUCUGAAGAGUCUGCAGAGGAAUCGAUUGCUAUCAGCAUUGCACAAAUGGAAAAACGUUUACUCCAUGGCUUAAUUCAUAAUGUUCUACCUUAUGUUGGUACUUCUGUAAAAACUUUAGUAUUAGCAUACAGCUCUGCAGUUUCCAGCAAAAUGGUUAGGCAGAUUUUAGAGCUUUGUCCUAACCUGGAGCAUCUGGAUCUUACCCAAACUGACAUUUCAGAUUCUGCAUUUGACAGUUGGUCUUGGCUUGGUUGCUGCCAGAGUCUUCGGCAUCUUGAUCUGUCUGGAUGUGAAAAAAUCACAGAUGUGGCUCUAGAGAAGAUUUCUAGAGCUCUUGGAAUUCUGACAUCUCAUCAGAGUGGCCUUUUGAAAACUUCUACAAGCAAAAUUACUUCGACUACAUGGAAAAAUAAAGACACUACCAUGCAGUCCACCAAGCAGUAUGCUUGUUUGCACCAUUUAACUAAUAAGGACAUAGGAGAAGAAAUAGAUAAUGAACAUCCCUGGACUAAGCCUGUUUCUUCUGAAAAUUUCACUUCUCCUUAUGUGUGGAUGUUAGAUGCUGAAGAUUUGGCUGAUAUUGAAGAUGCUGUAGAAUGGAGACAUAGAAAUGUUGAAAAUCUUUGUGUAAUGGAAACAGCAUCCAACUUUGAUUGUUCCUCCUCUGCCUGUUACAGUAAGGAUAUUGUUGGACUAAGGACUAGUGUCUGUUGGCAACAGCAUUGUGCUUCUCCAGCCUUUGCAUAUUGCGGUCAUUCAUUUUGUUGUACAGGAACAGCUCUAAGAACUAUGUCGGCACUCCCAGAGUCUUCUGCAUUGUGUAAAAAAGCAUUAAGGACUAGACUGCUUAGGGAAAAAGUUUACUUUGGGAGUGAAAAAUCUGAUCAAGAGACUGGUCGAGUCCUUUUGUUUCUCAGUUUGUCUGGAUGUUAUCAGAUCACAGACCAUGGUCUCAGGGUUUUGACUCUGGGAGGAGGGCUGCCUUAUUUGGAGCACCUUAAUCUCUCUGGUUGUCUUACUGUAACUGGCGCAGGUCUGCAGGAUUUGGUUUCAGCAUGUCCUUCUCUAAAUGAUGAAUACUUUUACUACUGUGACAACAUUAACGGUCCUCAUGCUGAUACUGCCAGCGGAUGCCAGAAUUUGCAGUGUGGUUUUCGAGCCUGCUGCCGCUCUGGCGAAUGACCUUGACUUCUGACCUUUGUCCACUUCAUUUAGCUGAGCAGGCUUCCUUUCAUGCACUUUACUUAUAGCACAUGUUCUGUGUUAACCGUCUCUUUUUGAGAGUGACUUGUUUUGGCCCCAUUUCUUACAGCCUCAGAAAUCUUAAUUUACCAGUGAAUUGUACAGUGUUGUUUCUCUUGCAACUCAUUUUUAUUUUAGAAAGAGAUUAGGUCUUUUCAUAAGGGUGAGAACAGUUUCAUCAGAUUUCUCUUAAAUUGAAUGCUUUGAAAAGAAUGUUACUUAAUGCCAUGCCAUUUAAAGUAUUUUUUAGAUUAUUUUGAGUUUUAAAGUCAGUGGGGAUUAUUGGUUCUCUUUAUAUCUAAACACUGUACUAAGCUUUGCACAUCUUUUCAAACAUACAUUUCUGAAGUUUUAUUUUCAAAGACUGCACAUUUUGGAAACAAAUCUCUUUUCUGUAAUGUUUCCUUUAUUUGAACAGUUCUCAGAGGGCCAAUUCAAACAUACAUUUAAAAUUCUUUAAGAUUAUAGAAUAAAUUGGCUUCUUGGUGUUAGCUCAGUGAGCGAGCAAAGCACCAAUAUAUUUGUACUUGCUUUCUUCAAAGACCCCGGGUUCCUGUCACUCACUAAACUGUCAAAUUUGGGAGGGAUUUUUAAAAAUUCCAUAAUGAUUUGAAGAAAUGUAUAAAUAAAAUCUGCUUUCAGGACUUUA